AUGAGAUAGGGAAUAUAAUAUAAAAUAAUAAUAACAAUAAUAACAAUUCAACUACAGACUCCUCAUAUCUUCUAAUUUCUAAAGCUCAAAGCUUCAUUUUUCCAUUCUUUUAUUAUUAUAACUCUUUUUCACUUGACACAGUGAAGAAGACAUUAUAGUUUGGUGCUUCUCUCUAAGCCUCCUCAAAACCAAUGUAGGAUUUUGAAAAUCUGGUGAACACAGGUUUUGUGAAAAGACAGAGAUAUGUAUAAGAAUCAACUGCAGGAGCUUGCACAAAGAAGCUGUUUUAAUCUUCCUUCAUAUGCUUGCAUAAGAGAAGGGCCGGAUCAUGCACCAAGAUUCAAAGCUUCUGUCAACUUCAAUGGUGAGAUCUUUGAGAGUCCAAGCUAUUGCUCCACUCUUAGGCAAGCUGAACAUGCAGCUGCUGAAGUUGCCCUCAAUGUUCUCUCCACUAGAGGACCUUCUAGGUCCUUAACUGCUAGAGUUCUUGAUGAGACUGGGAUUUAUAAGAACCUCCUUCAAGAGACCGCCCACAGAGCAGGUCUAAGGCUCCCAGUGUACACCACAGUAAGAUCAGGUCCUGGGCAUGUCCCAACUUUCACUUGUACUGUGGAGCUUGCUGGGAUGAACUUCACUGGUGAGUCUGCGAAAACCAAGAAGCAAGCUGAGAAGAAUGCUGCUAUUGCUGCCUGGUCUGCCUUGAACAAAAUGCCAAGAUUGGGUUCAUUGACAACAAACAAAGUGGACUCAAAUGAGGAACAAGAGAAGGCAAGUGUCACAAGGGUCCUCUCAAGUUUGAGACCAAAAGAUCAUGAUGGCAACAAGCAUAUCAAGAGGAGGGAUCAAAACCCACCAAAGAGAAUCUUCAGAAGUACUCAUCAAGGAGACAAUAAUCACAUUCCUGAUGAAAGAUGGAAGCUUAUGGAUCUGCUGAUGGAUUUGGGUCAAGAAAGUUCAUUGCAAAAACACAUAAACUCCUUUGCAUCUCUUCUCCCUCCACCUCCCCCUAGAACUGCUUCAAAGAUAUUACCACCAUUACCAACAACAACAACUACAACUUUACCAUCUCAUAAAUGUCCUCCUGCAUACUCAUCAAAUAGGCCAAUUCCAGUGCAAGUCAGAAGCAGAUCAUCACACAUUACUCCCCCUAAAUUGGAUCAAGACCAUCAAAAGGAUGAGGAAGAAUGGCUUAGUGGGAAGCUAUCUACAUAUAACACUGGAAAGCUUGCAACUUUUGGAGCAUGUCCAAUGGCCUCAUCAUCAUCAUCAUCAGGCAUUAAUAAGUUGAUUAGUCACAAUAAUAUUCCAAGAACAAUGUACACCGGACAAUUUCCUCAUCCACACAGGAUUGCCCCAGCUGUUCAGAUCAGAUCAGUGAUCCCAGUAUGUGCAGCACCACCACAAUCAACAACAGCUAAAGAAACUUCAAAGUCAAUCUCAAAUGCUUCUUCUUCUUCUUCUACUACUUCUACUUUGGUCUCCACAGAACAAGGAGGAGGAGAGGUGUCAUCAGCUACCUCCAAGUUCAGUAAGCUACAAUUAUGAGGAUUUAAAAAAAAAAUGUGAUUAUCUAAAGCAAACCCCAUAAUAAGAAGUUCUUUUUAAGAAUUUUGCUUUGUUAAUUGUUAUGUUUUUUUGAGGGGAGAAGAUGAGUGUUUUUUUGUUUUAAGGGGGUGUUAUCUAAACUUGUAUUUAAGUACCAAAGAGGGGUUAGUAUAGAAAUUAGAAGGGUCACAUAUACCAUGGUUUUGCCUCAUGGGUCAGUGAUGGAAUUUGAUAAGCGACAAUUGGGGUUUAUGUAUAAUUUCAAACUUUGACAUGUAUUUACUUCAGAGAGAAAGCGGGUAGUAAUAAAUGAGAUGUUGAGGAGUAGUUAGCAGAA